AAUGACAUAUAAACAUACACACUCACUUAAUUUUCCACAUUGAAGCCUUGUUUGAUUUCUUCCAAUAUACAUAUAAUGCUGAGGAAGUGUAGUAGUAACUUUGCUUUGCUUAUUAUAGCAGUAGUGCUUCUGUUUUCCACCACAGCCUCUUAUGUCAUACUUCCACCCAACAGAACUGCCAUGGCAGCGGCUUUGUCUUCCUUCAAUAAUUCAGAGAGACAGGCUUUAAUACAGAGUGGUUGGUGGAGUUAUUACCACAAUCUCUCAAACUCAAAUCAUUGCUAUUGGAUUGGCAUCUACUGUAAAACAGCUGGAAGUGUUUCAGCGAUUGAUGGAUCGGUAUUGGAUAUUAAUUCUAAAUUUUUGCUUCUACAGAACUUGAAUCUCACCGCCUUUCCGAAUUUGGUCUCUUUGAAUCUUCAUGGAAUGGGGCUUUCUGGAAGCAUCCCAAAAGAAAUUGGUACUCUCACAAAGCUUGCUGGUCUUGAUCUAUCUAAUAAUAAUCUUCAUGGUGAGUUGCCUUCAACACUUUCAAACCUCACUCAACUUGUAGAGAUAAAUGUUUCUUUUAAUUCUCUUAGUGGCAUCAUUCCUUCUUCUUUGGGUCUAUUGGAUGAAUUGGAAUACCUCACUCUCACUUCAAACCAAAUUGAAGGUUCCAUACCACUAGAACUUGGGAAGGUGAAUUUGAAAUAUCUCAACCUUGGAUCAAAUCAAAUUGGAGGUUCUAUACCAGCACAAAUAGGGAAUCUAACAAGCUUAUUCGCACUAUAUCUUUCCAAUAACUCCUUUUCUGGUUCAAUCCCCUUUCAAAUAGGAGCUUUAACUCAGUUGCAAGAGUUGUACUUAGAAUUCAAUCAGAUUAAUGGUUCUAUUCCCUCACAAUUUAAAAAUUUGUCUAAUCUACAAGUUUUAGAUCUUUCUUAUAACAAGUUGUCUGGUGUUAUUCCUCCACAACUUUUUCUACUUGCCACCUUGAAUUCUUUACUUCUCUCAUCAAAUCAAUUGUUUGGUUCAAUUCCAUCACAUAUUGCAAACACAAAUAUUUCAUAUCUUAAUCUCUCUCACAACAAGCUAACAGGGCCUAUUCCAUUUCCUAUCCAUACUUGUUCUUCCCAAUUGACACUAGAUUUAAGUUACAACUUGUUGAAUGGAAGCAUAGUUUCUCAAACUGGUUGUGUUGUUAAUCUGAACCUUAGUCAUAAUUCUCUCAGUGGUGACAUCCCAUCUACCUUUAGUGUGAAUUCAAUGAUGGAGAGUUUGGAUCUCAGUUAUAAUAAUUUCACAGGUAAACUGCACAAGGAACUUGCUAAUCUCAAAUACAUAAACCUUUCAUACAAUUCUCUUGACUUUUCUCAGGACAUUGAUUAUUGUUACUUUCAACAAGAGUCAUUAAUCGGUUGCAACACACCAAACUUCGCAUCCUGCCAUUCUACCCCAAAAACCAUGCUUCCACAUACCAGUAAAACUAAGCACCUCCUUCUAAUAGCUCUUCCUGUUACAUUCAUCAUUCUUUUCACAAUUCUGGCAACACUGUUGUGGGCAAGACGUACGAAAAGUAGAAAAAUUGAGGUGGAAAGAACAUCAAAGAAUGGAGACUUGUUUUCUAUAUGGAACUAUGAUGGGAAAAUUGCAUUUGAAGAUAUCAUUGAAGCAACACAGGACUUUGAUAUCAGAUAUUGCAUAGGAACUGGUGCAUAUGGUAGUGUAUAUAGAGCACAACUUCCAAGUGGCAAAGUUGUUGCAGUGAAGAAACUUCACCAAAGGGAGUCACAGAAUCCUUCUUUUGACAAGAGCUUUCGCAACGAGGUAAAGAUGUUAACAGAAAUCCGCCAUAGAAACAUUGUCAAGCUCCAUGGAUUUUGUCUUCAUAGUCAGUGUAUGUUUCUAAUUUAUGAAUACAUGGAAAAAGGAAGCUUAUUUUAUGCCUUGAGAAUUGAUGAUGAAGCUGAGGAGCUAACUUGGAGGCAUAGGGUGAAUAUACUUAGUGGAGCUGCUAAUGCAUUGUCUUACAUGCAUCAUGAUUGUUCCCCACCAAUAGUUCACAGAGAUGUAACAAGCAACAACAUUUUGUUGAACUCAGAGUUGCAUGCUGUUGUCUCUGACUUUGGCACCGCUAGAGUUCUUGAUCCAGAUUCUUCAAACCAAACCUUGAAAGUUGGAACAUAUGGAUAUCUUGCUCCAGAACUGGCAUACACAUUGAGUGUGACAGAAAAAUGUGAUGUAUAUAGUUUUGGAGUGGUGGCGUUGGAAACAAUAAUGGGAAGACAUCCAGGAGAUCAUAUCUUGUCUUUGUUCAACUCUUCUAACAAAAACAUAAUGGUAAAAGAUCUCUUGGAUUCACGCAUCAGUUUACCAUUAUGUCAAAAGGAUGCUCAAGCUAUAGUUCAAGUGGUAACAUUGGCAUUGGCAUGCUUGCGCUCUAAUCCAAAAUCAAGACCAUCAAUGCAGCAAGUGGCUCAUCAACUUUCUAAUUUCAAACAAUCAUCACUGUCUUUGCCUUUGUCUGAAAUCACAGUCCAUCAGCUGAUAGCUUAGAGAUGUACUUUGUUUCAGUUCAGUAUGGACUACUAUGCUCAAUCAGGAAAAGCUUGAUCCUCACAUUGCUGCAUCUAGUGUUCAUCUGGAUAGCAUCCUUAGUUAUUUUGGCUUAUUUUAAUUAGCUUUGGUCUUGUAAUCUUGAAUUUCAACUAAAUAAUGU